AUGGCGUUGGAUGCUGAGCACGGAACGGACUCCGACAUGUUGAGGGUCCACUUGCUUCUUGUCCCCCUUGUGGUGAUGCUCUCAGUUUCUCCAUUCGCUUCCCAGACGGAUUCCUCAACAAGGAACAUUCUCCUCGAAGCUGGAAACUUGACCUCCACACCGUCGCUACCUACGGUCAAUGGAUCAACCACUAUUUACUCUACCCUACAAACCCUCAACAGAACUGAAGUGUCGAACUCUUCUGAAUCAACAAACAGUGACUUCGGAAACCUGACUACCAUACUACCAACGCUCACGGCAGAAAGUGGGGACGGAACCCAAUCGACUCAGUGGACUUCAGCUUCUGUUGAUGGAGAGACACAUUCAAACUCGUCAAAUCUGGCAGCAAAUACAACAGAAGGUAACAAUUUGACUGUUUUGUCAUCUCUGACAGAGAACAAUUCAACUUCAACUUCUCCGGCCCCACUGUCAACACUUAUUAGUGCUUUAUCGCGUAAUGAGUUGAAUACCACAACCAAUACAAAGUCGACAGUUAUCACGCCAGAAGCUCCAUCAGACAUUCAAAAUGAGGCAAAUAACAAUUCUCUUUCAACCUCACUUUCAACCCUUACAAGUGGUCAGACGACAUUUGAGACAAAUCCGACAGUUUCGGUCUUAGACUCCCCAGAUGGACCAAAUACAACAGUCUCACAACCCCUGCCCACAGAAAACGAUCCCGCGUCAUCCUUGUCGUAUACAACCUCUCCAUCUAUCAACAGUCAGUCAAUUGUCCAGACAAAACCAACGGUAUCGGCGACAAGCGGUCAGUCGUCAGUGGAGACGAACUCGACAAUAUUAGGACCGAAUUUUCCUGGGUGGCUAAACGAAACUGCUUCACCACACGCAGCAUCGGAGAAUAUUUCCACUUCUCUGUCAACAUCAUUCUCAACAUAUACCGCCAGUCAGGCGACAGUAGAUACAAAUUUGACAGUUUUGGAAGAUAAGGUGUCGACAUCACCUUCAAUAUCAACUAACAACGACAGCAAUCAGCAACUGACAACGAAUAAACUGGUGUCGAACAGUAAUUCAUCCAUGAGCAAUAUGUCAUUGACUUCACCAGUCCAAGGCUACAAUUCAACGACACAUGAGUGGAUAUCAGCUAACACUUCUGACUCGACAUCACCAAUCCCUGAAUACAAUGCAUCGACACCGGAGUGGAUAUCAACUAACAAUUCUGAUUUGACAUCAUCUUUACUGGAAUACAAUGCAUCGACACCGGAUUGGAUAUCAACUAACAAUUCUGAUUUGACAUCAUCGGUACCUGAAUACAAUGCAUCGACACCGGAGUGGAUAUCAGCUAACACUUCUGACUCGACACCACCAAUCCAUGAAUACAAUGCAUCAACACCGAAGUGGAUAUCAGCUAACACUUCUGAUUUGACAUCAUCGGUACCUGAAUACAAUGCAUCGACACCGGAGUGGAUAUCAACUAACACUUCUGAUUUGACAUCAUCGGUACCGGAAUACAAUGUAUCGACACCGGAGUGGAUAUCAGCUAACACUUCUGAUUUGACAUCAUCCGUACUGGAAUACAAUGCAUCGACACCGGAUUGGAUAUCAACUAACACUUCUGAUUUGACAUCAUCGGUACCAGAAUACAAUGUAUCGACACCGGAGUGGAUAUCAGCUAACACUUCUGAUUUGACAUCAUCGGUACCGGAAUACAAUGCAUCGACACCGGAGUGGAUAUCAGCUAACACUUCUGACUCGACAUCACCAAUCCAUGAAUACAAUGCAUCGACACCGGAGUGGAUUUCAGCUAACACUUCUGACUCGACAUCACCAAUCCAUGAAUACAAUGCAUCGACACCGGAGUGGAUUUCAGCUAACACUUCUGACUCGACAUCAUCAAUCCCUGAAUACAACGCAUCGACACCGGAUUGGGUAUCAACUAACAAUUCUGAUUUGACAUCAUCGGUACCUGAAUACAAUGCAUCGAACCCGGUAUGGAUAUCGACUAACAAUUCUGAUUUGACAUCAUCGGUACCGGAAUACAAUGCAUCGACACCGGAGUGGAUAUCAGCUAACAAUUCUGAUUUGACAUCAUUGGUACCGGAAUACAAUGCAUCGACACCGGAGUGGAUAUCAGCUAAUACUUCUGAUUUGACAUCAUCGGUACCUGAAUACAAUGCAUCGACACCCACUGAUCGGACAACACCGAUACCGGAAUACAAUGUGUCGACACCAAAUUGGAUGUCAACUAACAAUUCAAGUUUUACAUCACCGAUCAAUGAAUCGACAUCCGAGUUGUUAUCAACUGAUGCCAACAACAGUCAGCAGAAUGCUACUUUAAAUACGUCAACAUCAUCUCCUGAUGCAGAGACCAGUGGCAGUCCACCAAAUUCAAUUGUACCAUCACAAGUCACAGUAUACAAUUCAUCCUCAACCGUGUCGACACAAAGCAGUGUCUCUACACAACACGGCAUGUUAACAAACACUGUCGACAACAACACACAGGAAUCAACAACUGAAUUAGCAACCACUGUCACCAACACAACUGUGGAUGUUAGCUCAUCUCUUCAGUAUUUGUCAUCGACUGUACAGGGAGACAAUGCAUCGACUAGUGUGUCGACAGCAGCUGCUCGUACUAUAAAUGUCACCGCCCCUCCAUCCCAGUUGGAGAGGUCAUUUGAGGGCGAGCUUCGCAUCGUCUCAUUCAGAGGCGCAGACGCAGUGUACGACCCGUCUUUGGAGGAUCCUAACAGUUCGUUGUACAAGCAGCUGAAAGACAGCUUCGAAAAAUUCGUCGACAGAAUUUACCAAAUGUCCCAGUUGACGAGGAGUGAUUACAUAGGUUCAACAGUGCGUCGGUUUCGCAACGGCAGCGUCGUCGCUGACUUCGGUUCUGUAUUUCGACCCGCGUCGACCGUCAUUGCAAAUGACUUGGAGACCCUGAUGACGACCGUUUUAGAUGCUACUGCAGGGACUUCUCCCGGAACCGACAUUAAAGUCGAUCCAACGGUCAUAACUUUUCAACCUACAAACGAAUGCGAGUUGGGAAUUGACGACUGUUCCAUGUAUGCUGUUUGCGAGGAUCUAGGGGCGGACGGCUACACAUGUCACUGUCAGCAGGGAACAAUAGAUGUAGCUGAUAAACCGGGUCGGCUGUGCCUGUAUCCUAAUACAACGGAUGCCCAACCGACAGGUUCGACUGUUGUCACCUCAUGGUCGACUCUCAACGGCCCUACGGAUCCACGUUCUACCACUGUCGAUACGCUUGACAUUACAUCUGGCACCACGAAUGUACAUUCUACGACAUCCGAAACAUACGACAAUACAUCAAGCACCACUGAUGUGAAUUCUAAUUCAACCGAGAAAUACGACAACACAUCGAUGACAAUGAAUGCACCUUCUUCCACAACCGACAAGUACGACAAUACAUCGAGCGCCACGAAUGCACCUUCUACCACAGCAGAUAGGUUCGACAAUACAUCGAGCACCACGAAUGCACCUUCUACCACAGCAGACAGGUUCGACAAUACAUCGAGCACUACGAAUGCACCUUCCACCACAGCAGACAGGUUCGACAAUACAUCGAUCGCCACGAAUGCACCUUCUACCACAGCAGACAGGUUCGACAAUACAUCAAGCACCGCGAAUGCACCUUCUACCACAGCAGACAGGUUCGACAAUACAUCGAGCACCACGAAUGCACCUUCUACCACAGCAGACAGGUUCGACAAUACAUCGAGCACCACGAAUGCACCUUCCACCACAGCGGACAGGUUCGACAAUACAUCGAACACCACGAAUGCACCUUCUACCACAGCAGACAGGUUCGACAAUACAUCGAGAACUACGAAUGCACCUUCCACCACAGCAGACAGGUUCGACAAUACAUCGAGCACCACGAAUGCACCUUUUACCACAGCCGACAAUACAUCGAGUGAAAUGUCGACGGUAGCUGGUAUCAUUACCAUCAAUGUCACUGCUCCUAUAUCCCAGUUCCAGGAAAGGUCUUUUGAGGGCGUGCUUCGCAUCGUCUCAUUCAGAGGCGCAGACGCAGUCUUCAACUCGUCUUUGGAGGAUCCAGAGAGUUCUUUCUAUAAGCAGCUGAAAGGCAGCGUAGAAAAUUUAAUCGACAGCAUCUAUAACAGAUCCAGUCUGACAAAGGAGGACUACCUUGGCUCCAUCGUGCGCAGUUUCAGCAACGGAAGCGUCGUUGUAAAUUUCGGCGCUCUAUUGCGACCCACGUCGACCGUCACUGCGGAUGACUUGCAAUCGACUACCGUUAUGGAGACUACCAAUGGAACUGUUCCUGGGACAGACAUCACAGUUGAUCCAACGGCGACUACCUUCAAGCCAACGACAAAUGUCACACAGCCCACACGUUCGACUCCUGCACCUUUGACGUCAUCCAAUGUGACGUUCGACAAUGAAGUGUCGACAGUACCAACUGGCCCAGCCUCCAACGUCACUGCUCAUCCAUCUCAGCUGCAGGAGAGAUCGUUUGAGGGCGUGCUUCGCAUCGUCUCAUUCAGAGACGCUGAUGCAGCUUACAACUCAUCUUUGGAGGAUCCAGACAGUCCGUUUUACCAGCAACUGAAAGAAAGUGUGGAAAAAUUAGUCGACAGCAUUUUUAGAUUAUCCAGGACGACAAAGAAUGACUACUUAGGCUCCACCGUGCGCCGUUAUAGCAAUGGCAGUGUCGUAGUUAACUUCGGUGCCCUAUUUCGACCUGCGUCGGCCGUCACUGCGGGUCAUCUGGAGUCUCUUGCGGCGACUGUUUUGAAAGCUACUGGUGGAACCUUCCCAGGGACGGAUAUAACCGUUGAACCAGCGGUGAUCACUUUCACACCCACAGACGAAUGCGAGUUAGGUAUCGACGACUGCUCCAUGUAUGCUGUAUGUGAGGAUCUAGGGGCGGACGGCUUCUCGUGUCAAUGCCAGCCAGGCACGAUAGACGCUGAGGCUGGUACCAGACCGGGCCGGCUAUGCCUCUACCCGACAACAGCGGGUACGCAAGAUACAGUUUCAUCUCCUCCCACAGCGGAGUCUUCUGUUACCAUGGCAACUUCUCAGUCAUCUACUAGCAUGACGACGAAGGCAACCACGGAGGAAGAGGAGGAGGGAGAAGAUGAUCCUCCAUCUUGGGCGGGCUGGCAAAUCGGCAUUUUCGUGUUGGGAAUCACCAUCGGGAUCCUGAUACUGGCCGCCGUGUUUCAUCGCCUGGCCAAUCUGCGCAACCACUUCCGACACACCGAAGAUCGAGAGAGACGAAACGAACAGGCUCGUGCGGAGCGGGCGGCGUAUCGUGACCGUAGCUGGAGCUUCAUGUACCGCCGUCCCGAGGCCGAGGGCACCCCGGACCAGGACGAGUACACGGACGGUGGGUUGGGCGGGGAUCUCCUCAACGCGGACGGCCAAACGGUUACCCCUAGCGCGCCGCCUAUGGAAAACGAAGGUGAGCACAUGAACGAAACAGGGGUGCAGACGGAUCCCGUCCCAGGGGACAACUUGCCACACAGGGUAGGGGGAGAUGGUACAGACGGGCAGACAGAGGAAACGGAUGCUCACGGUCAGGCAGCAUCUACAACAAAGGAAUCUGAAGAUUCAACGUCAGUCACUGUGGAAGAUGACGAGGAUCAAGAAAAGGCCAAGGACGAGGCUGAAUCGACGUCCGAUGGCUGCGUUGUCAUGUAACAGAAAGGUUGGGUGGCUUCGACUGAACUCACAAAGGAACCGUUUGGGAUAAUUAAGUCACAUUCCAAUAACCAUAAGUCAUGCUAUUGUAUACUACUUUAUUAAAAUUCUAUUUAUUCUACCUAAUUUAAACAUAUUUUUUGUUGCAAAAAAAUAUAUGAUAUAUUACAUAUUCGUUUAACAUUAUGUAAAAAUGUGUUAAGCACUGAAACACAAUCCUCCCAUCACUUUGUUGUUAUGUUCAGAAGCUAUUCAUUAAUUUCGUCAUUACGUUAAACAUGUUGCGUAU